GGCUUGACUGGGGACAUAGCAUCACAGAAAAUAACAGUUACUCUGAGCAGCUCUUCAUUCCCCCCCAUUAUUUAUAGUAACUGUAAGCAUAAUGUGCUGAACUUAUUUAAUUGUGAAAUAAGGAGUACUGUAUUACUUGGUUAGUAACCCUUUGCAAACGCAAAUGUUUACAUCUGAAGAGUCCCAGUUCUUUAAAUUAGGAUUAUCAUCGAAUGUUCAAGGGGUAACUGAUGCUCUAAGAGGCUUAUGCAGGAAUGUAAGACUGCCUGGAAUGUUCUUGAGAGCACUUGUGAAAACGUGAGUAAGCUGUCUCUGAGGCAUAUGCAUCUGCUGUCUUGUGCAAGUUAUUCUGUGUGAUUUUCGUUUACCCACUGCUAUAUUAAGGACUCACUGCAGUUGUAAGUGUGUGACACAGUUACAAUUAGAGUGAAAAAAAAGAUGCAGCAAGUCAUGUCAUCUGAGCUGCUUCAGUCCUGCUGCAAGUAGGUCAGUGGAAAAGAUGUAUCCCAAAUUUGUAGACCAUCUGUGCUUGGAUUUGUGAAUGAAGGUGGCUUACUAGCAUGUGAAUUUGUGGUUGUGUGAAUAUUGCCACAGAGAAGACAUUAAUUGUUUGGGAUUUUUUAUAGGUGUCCUGAUUUAGGACAAUCUACUUGGUAUACUUAGCUGCAUAUUUUGGUAGAAGACACAAUAGACAGGUAUUACAAUGAAAUAUGUAUAAAUAAGGGGUGGUCAUAUUGCAAACUAGUAUCUUGUGUUUGCUGGAGAAAAGUUGCUGCCCUGUGAUUCUGAAAAUGAAUGUUAAAAGCACAGCACAAAGUCCAUCAGAAAGUCCUACUGAAAAUAAGCUACAGCGUAACGGCAAACCAGAGUCUUUCACAGAGCCCUUGUUACUUCUAUUCUCCUUUCUUUUUCUUUUCCCUGUUUGAGAUAAGCCUAUGGAGAAAUGUUGCUAUGUCCACUAUGCUAGAAGGUGCAAAGUUCUGGAUUCUUUUGCUGAGAGUUAAUCUUUAAGUGAUCUUUUCAUUAGAGGUGUGAUGUGUAAGAAAAGGUUGGUGGGUUUGUAUUGCUGUAUGGUUUGGGUUGGUUGGGGUUUUUUUUCCCUUCCUCAUGCAGCAGAACUCUCCAGGCCCAAGUCAAACUAGCAGUGUAACUCUGCUCAUCAACUUAAUGAGAGUUCAAAAUCCUUGAGGGUGCCUUUAUGCUAUGCUUUUUUGUCCAAAGAGCAAUAAAUAAUACAAUUAAUAUGUGCAGGCUUCUCCCUGUGUUGGAAGUACUAAGACUGUUGGCUGUUGCCAGAAAUGCUGCUCCUACCCUGGCAGACAGAGCAUCGCACCGUGCUCCAGUAUGCACGCAUGUAAUAUUGGUAACAAAACCCCAUACCAUUACUAUCUAUGGAUUCCUGCAGUGAUCUCCAUGUGUCAUUGUGACUCUUCUGCUCUUUCUUCAAUCUCUUUUCAGUGUGUGUGUGUGUAUGAUGGACAAGAUAAAUGCCAAGCCUCUAGGCACCCUAUCUGGAGCAGCUGGAUUUGUUGGAAGUAAGAAUCACCAGCUGGAUAGAGAUGCUGCCUGAGGAUUUGGUUUGGGUCUCUGCAGGGCUGAUGGCAUGCUGUGACUGAAAAUAUAUUCUGACAGCUCCUGGCAGAGUGACUCACAAGAGAGAUGUUUCCUGGAGCUGGGCACCAAUGUCCUGAGGCCAGCUGAGCAGCUCCUAUUCUUUUCAUGAGAUACAGGGCUAGAGAGCCAGGAAAAGUGGCACAGUGCUGCUGCUCCUCCAGAGGUAACUGUGGCAGGGCUGGGCCCUUCACCCUCCCCGAUGCAUCGGGAGUCUGCAGACACUGUUCCUCAGGGUUCCAACCAGCUGUGUCCAUCAAGCACCAAAAGCCACGUAGCCACCACCCUACUGCCAGCUGCAAGACAGAGCCUCUCUGACCACGCUGUCGGCACAGACCCACUGGCAGAGAGGACAGGUCAAAGGCAGAACAGAGGAAUGAGGACUCGCCUGGGCUGCCUGUCUCACAAAUCAGACUCAUAUAAUGAUUUCACAGCUAUUCUUCCGGACAAGCCCAACCGGGCUUUGAAAAGGCUGUCAACAGAAGAAGCAUCAAGAUGGGCAGACUCUUUUGAUGUCCUUUUGUCCCAUAAAUAUGGGCUGGCUGCCUUCCGUGCUUUCUUGAAGACAGAGUUCAGUGAGGAAAACUUGGAGUUCUGGCUUGCCUGUGAGGACUUCAAGAAGACCCGCUCAGCAGCCAAGCUGGCCUCGAAGGCUCAGAGGAUCUUUGAGGAGUUCAUUGAUGUGCAGGCUCCUCGAGAGGUGAACAUAGACUUCCAGACACGGGAGCUGACAAGAAGAAAUAUGCAGGAGCCCUCCCUCUCUUGCUUUGACCAAGCCCAGGGGAAGGUGCACAGCCUGAUGGAGAAAGACUCUUACCCCAGGUUCCUGAGGUCCAAAAUUUACACAGACCUGCUGUCUCAAACCCAGAGGAGGCUCAGUUAAAGCAGCGAUGGGGCCCUGAGAAACCAUGUGCUUCCCACAACAGUGAGAAACCAUGUCUAAAUGUGAAACUUUCUUGGUGUUAAAAACAGUGGGAAUGAGAAAAGAGGGAGAAAGGGAAGAAGAGGUUCCAGAGUGUGAUCCAGAUGUGGUAUUAGGACUCUUUCUGUGCUUUUUUUUUUGGUUAGUGGUAGCACCUUGCAGUUGUUGCCCCUCUAGCACAAACCCAUAAUCCUUUCUAGUCAUGGGGUCAUCUGUUGGGAAGGGAAGUUUCCUUUGAAAUUACUAUGCUGGUUUGUGUGUAAAUAAUGCCAUUGCACCUUUCCAUCCUUCCAGACCUCUCCCUGGCUCUCACCUCUCCCCUGUGUUUGGAAGGGCCCUAAGGGCAGUUGUGAAAUGUGUGAAGCCAAGUCCAGUCUGAACAUUUUCUCCCACACUGGCUGCUGGCGUCUGGAUCCAGGGACCAUGAGGAGGGGGAGAGAAGGCAAAGGCACAUGAUUCAUGCUGCUUCCCAGAGUGGAAACCAUCAAUGAACUCAGCUCACCUUCCCAUUUUGAUUGCACACCUUGUAACACCAGCUGCUACCCUGUCACAGCCCCUUAUCUCCCAGGGAUGGAGAUUAAGAGUUAUUUUCCUGUCAAGGAGCUAAAUUUUUCUCAUGAGGAAUGUAAUCCCAAAAGCUCUCACUAGACCUGGUCAGGCAAGUCUGUUUUUCAUUAAUAGCAUUUAUUUGUGCUGUAGUUCAGCCUCAGGACCCCUGUCAUCAUUCAGGCUCUAUUGUGCUAGGCACUGCCCCAAAACCUAAGACAAAGAGGUUCCUAGCCACCAUUACAUUAACAGGCUUGGUGGCUUCUCAAGAAUGACCUACCAUUAGUAAAGAGUUGAGAGAAGGAAUGUCCCAUCUGCCCCAUGCUGAGAUGUGCAAAGAGCACAAGACCUGUCUUCUAUGGUAGAUAGCAUUGUUCAUGUAGUAUCUGUAGGGAGAUACUACAUCUGCAUAGCAGGGAGAGAUAACAUGAAAAAUCACAAUUACAUUUUUGUCAUUUGCUGAUUAUUGACUGUAGUUGUUACCUACGAAUUUUCCACUGCGGGUUCAAUACCAUGUAAAGAUCUGCUAAAACA